CCCCUUGCCAAUCAGAGCAGAUCUUACAUAGACCCCUCCCCUACUUUGGAGAGAUUUAUAGUGGCCCUCUGCGCCACUCUAAUGUCACUUCAGCCUCUCAAAGUCUGAGCAGUCAGGGGUCCACACAGCUGUAGGAUUAUGGCACCAGGAAAGAAGGUACGUGUGGAGUUUUGUCUAAAGUAUGCUAUCAGGACCAUCCUGCAGAAUACCCAUGCAGGGAAUUACAACUGGUUGUUUUGUGGAAUGCCAAUAGUAAUAAUGUGAGUGAUGUCUACUUGUAAAGACUCUUGAGGUCCAAACUUGGGGCCCCGCUAAGGGGACCCACUGCAUAUUUAUGGUUGUGUUUUUGUGUGGUGUGUAUUCUGGGCAGAGGGCUACAGUCUUCUCAAUGUAGCUUCUGCACCACUGGCAUGUAAGGUCACAUUCCUCUGACCACUGAAGCUUCCAACUGAUGAUGAAAUUAUCUCUCAUUAAGAGUGAUUUUGAAUUAUUAAUUUUUUUAAUUCGUUAGAUUUAACAAUAACAAAGAACAUUUUGAUCACUUACAUUCUGAAAUAGUUUAACAUUUAAUUUCUAAGAUUUGCCAAGUGCAUUUUUAUACUAGGAUUUUUAAUAAACUGCAGAAACUUUAAAAUCUAUCUCUCAAAGCAGUAUAACCCUGGGAGGAUCUGGCGAGGCUUCAUGACAUGAAGGGAGUAUUGGAGCGUCUUAACGCCGGCGAGAUUGUGAUCGGCGAUGGAGGUUUCGUGUUUGCCCUGGAGAAGAGAGGUUACGUGAAGGCUGGUCCCUGGACCCCUGAAGCCGCUGCAGAGCACCCUGAAGCGGUGCGACAGCUGCACAGGGAGUUCCUGAGGGCCGGGGCCAACGUUAUGCAGACCUUCACCUUCUAUGCCAGUGAUGACAAACUGGAGAACAGAGGCAACAAGCUCACCUACACUGGAGCUCAGAUCAACGAGGCCGCCUGCGAUUUGGCCCGUGAGGUUGCCAAUGAGGGCGAUGGUCUAGUUGCCGGAGGAGUGUCUCAGACUCCAUCAUACCUGAGCUGCAAGAGUGAGAAAGAUGUGAAGGCCAUCUUCAAGAAACAGCUGGACGUGUUCAUCAAGAAAAAUGUGGACUUCCUGAUUGCUGAGUACUUUGAGCACGUUGAAGAGGCCGUGUGGGCUGUUGAGGUGCUGAAGGAGACAGGGAAGCCCGUGGCUGCCUCUCUUUGUAUCGGACCUGAGGGAGACAUGCACGGUGUCUCACCUGCAGAGUGUGCUGUCAGGCUGGUCAAAGCUGGUGCCCAGAUUGUUGGAGUCAACUGCCACUUUGACCCCAUGACCUGUGUGAAAGCUGUCAAGAUGAUGAAGGAGGGAGUGGAGAAGGCUGGGCUCAAGGCUCACUACAUGGUGCAGCCCCUGGCAUUCCACACCCCUGACUGCAACUGUCAGGGAUUCAUCGAUCUGCCAGAGUUCCCCUUCGGUUUGGAGCCCAGGAUUCUGAGCCGCUGGGACAUGCACAAGUACGCCAGGGAGGCCUACAACGCUGGCAUUCGCUACAUUGGCGGCUGCUGUGGAUUUGAGCCUUAUCACAUCAGGGCUGUGGCAGAGGAGCUCGCCCCCGAGAGAGGCGUCCUCCCAGCUGCAUCUGAGAAACACGGCAACUGGGGUGCUGGUCUGGAGAUGCACACCAAGCCCUGGGUCAGAGCCAGAGCCCGCCGUGACUACUGGGAGAGCCUGAAGCCAGCCUCCGGUCGUCCCCAGUGUCCCUCCAUGUCUGCCCCCGAUGGCUGGGGUGUUACUAAGGGCCACACUGAGCUCAUGCAGCAGAAAGAGGCCACCACUCGGGACCAACUCAAACAGCUGUUCGACAGGACAAAGAGCCACUGAGUCAGUCUGUCUCCUUCAGACCCGGCAGCAGAGCUGAGUCAGAAAGCUGUGCUGUGGAGCUACUGAUGCCGCACAGUUGUGUGCACUGUGCGGCAUCUGUAAGCGGUACUACACCUAACAAACAUAAUGUCACGGGCCGAAUCCUCCCUUGAGACUGGCACUGUUCUGUGAAUCUGUUCAUUCUAAAACUGUAGUUUAUGUGAAGCCACAGUGGCAUCUCAAGUUAGGAGUUGGCGCGUGUUAAGAUCGGGACCUGUUUGUUUUCCAUGACUCUGGACCAGUUUGUUUAAUAAAAUAAGAUCUAAUAAAAUGUGAAUUGGU